ACUCGUAGAGGUGAAUACCUUUUCGCACAGCAAAACUAUGACUGGGUUAGUAUUGGUUUAACCGCGUGCUGGGCGGGGGUUUUCAUCAUAGCGUACAAUUAUAAUAACAACGCUUGCACUUUGUAUUAAGGAUAAUUUUGUGUAUAGUCUAGCAUCGAGUGAUUUUUGCAACAAUGUCUGGUAAGGUGCCUCCACUUACAUACAAAGUUAUUGCUGAGUGUUCUGUGACAAAAGCUCGAGCUGGCUUAAUGACACUUCGUCAUGGUGAAGUGAAUACUCCGGUUUUCAUGCCUGUUGGAACACAAGGCACACUAAAAGGCCUCCUUCCGGAUCAGCUAAUUGAACUUAACUGUCAAAUACUGCUAGGAAACACUUAUCACUUAGGACUGCGGCCCGGCAUCGAAACAUUGCAAAAAGCUGGAGGCCUUCACAAGUUUAUGGGUUGGCCGCGUGGAAUUCUCACCGAUUCGGGUGGUUUCCAGAUGGUUUCUUUAUUGAAGUUAGCGCAAAUAGACGAAAAUGGUGUAAACUUUUGUUCACCCUUCGAUAACAGCGAGUGCAUGCUGACCCCAGAACAUUCAAUUCAGAUACAGAACACCAUUGGUGCCGAUAUAAUGAUGCAGUUGGAUGACGUGGUUAAGACAACAACAGUUGGGCCGCGCGUUGAAGAGGCCAUGCAUCGUACCAUUCGUUGGCUGGAUCGUUGCAUAUCAGCGCAUGCGUGUGAUGACGAUCAAAGUUUAUUCCCCAUUGUACAAGGAGGAUUGGAUAAAGAUUUGCGCAAACAGUGUGCUGGCGCAUUGAUACAGCGCAAGGUGCGCGGCUAUGCAGUAGGUGGCCUUAGUGGUGGGGAAAGUAAACAUGAGUUCUGGCGUACAGUGCAUGUCUGCACAGAUUUGCUUCCCAAGGACAAGCCAAGAUAUUUAAUGGGUGUGGGAUUCGCUGCAGAUUUAGUGGUGUGCGUUGCACUUGGUAUUGACAUGUUUGACUGUGUCUUCCCCACUCGAACGGCACGUUUCGGCUGUGCACUGGUAAAUACUGGACAACUAAAUUUAAAAAAUAAAAAGUAUGAACACGACAUGCGCCCCAUCGACGAAGAGUGCGAGUGCAACACAUGUCGCAGAUACACCCGCUCAUAUCUACAUCAUAUUGUUACCGGUGAAACCGUUUCAUGUAGUUUGCUAAGUAUACACAAUGUGGCUUACCAAUUGAGGCUCAUGCGGAACAUGAGAGACGCUAUAGAGCGCGACCAGUUUCCACAAUUUAUCUGUGAUUUUAUGGCUACACACUUUGAGGGUGAACCCGUGCCGCUGUGGAUAAGAGAAGCUUUACAAGCCGUUAAUGUAGAAUUGCCGCCGAAUGAAGAAAAAGCGACGGAAGCGGAUACUUGACAUGGAAAAAAUAAUAAUUGAAAUAUGUUUGAAAGCAAGUAAAUAUAUAUUCAAAUGGAUGCAACCAACGAUUACAAUAAAAUCUAAUUAUUGUAUAAUUCAAAAAA